AUGCCGAGCCGUGCCACUUCUCUCGCGGUCCGAGCCGACGUGCGGAUUUCCCACUGGAAUGCAGCGAAUUCGUUCACUCACGCGACGCGACGUGAGGACUGUGCGCCACGGCUGAUCGCGGAUUUCCCCUUUCAGUCCUCCAAAAUGGCAGCAAUUCUUAAUGCCGUCAAGUCGCAGGGUCUCGCCACGCGGAUGAUAAUUUUCGCCAGCCCUGUCGCAAUCGUCGUCCUCAUUUUCCUCGCCUACCUCGCAGCGUCGCCCACCAGUAAUCCUGCAGAGCUGGCGAUCGGCGACGCGGACCUGCUGACGUCAAUCGUCGGCGGGAAAUCCGCGUCUCGCAUGAUCAUCGAAUCCGACGGUGGGGAUGAUCCCGAAGCCGACAAAACUAGCGAGGAGGAGGACGUGUUUCGCGAGCUGAAGCUUUCGCCGGAAGACGAGGCAAUGCUUCGUGAGCUUCGCGAAACGCGCGUGGAGCGCGAGAAGGCGGCGAGCCGCGUGAAGCACAAGUACCGCAAAGUGGCGUUCAUGUUCCUCACCAAGGGCCCCAUCCCGCACGCCAAGCUGUGGGAGCGGUAUUUCAAGGGUCACGAGGGAAGCUACUCCAUCUACGUGCACACGGCGCCGGGCUACGUAUUCCCCAAGAACGCCUCCGCGCUCUUCCGCAACAACACCAUCCGCAGCGAAGCAGUGUCGUGGGGAUCGCCGACGAUGAUCGACGCCGAACGACGGCUGAUUGCCGCGGCGCUCAAGGACCCAGCCAAUCACAAUUUUGUGCUUCUCUCCGAAUCUUGCAUUCCCGUUAUGAGCCUAAAAUUCACGUGGAGAUAUCUUCUCGGAACUGACUACAGCUUUGUUUCAAGCUUCACUACAGACAGAUACGUGAAUACGGGACGGCAUGAUGAACGCAUGGCUCCAUUGAUUCCAAUUGAAAAGUGGAGAAAAGCGUCUCAGUGGUUCUCGGUUACACGCAAGCAUGCGAACAUCAUCAUCGAUGACGUCGAUGUGCAUAAGCUCUUCCAAAUCUACUGCAGGGGUGACAUCCAACAUCAUGAGUGUUACUCAGACGAGCACUACAUCCCAACACUAAUCAAUUUGAAGGACCCCGGCAAUCUGGCCAAUCGCACCAUCACCUAUGUCGACUUCCCACUCAACUCGCCGCACCCACGCACCUUCGAUCCCUUCCUCACUCGACCCAGCCUCAUUCGCUACAUCACUAAACCGCGCAUGUACAUGCAUCGCAACGUUGUGGAACCCGAUGACGAAACCCCACAAAGCUCAUACACUCUCCCUUGCGCCAAGGAUGGGGAGAACCGCACCUGCUUCUUGUUUGCAAGAAAGUUCCAUCCCUCUGCCCUACCUCAACUGCUGAACCUCCCUACUAAGAUUCUCGGCUACUAG